ACGGCUCCCAGCUAUUCUUGGGUCAGCGUGAUAUCGAGGGCAGCAUGAGCAUUCGCGUCUACCACAAAGAGUUCUUCGAAGACCUCCAGCAAGAUGCGCUCAAGAACAGUCGGAGUCCUUCGUCGCGCCCUGAGAAGACCAAGUCGGCGAGUGGUCUUGGCUCGACCAGCACGUCCGACGUCUCGACUGCGACGCGCCAAAAGCGGCUGCACAUGAAGCACGAGAUGUACCAAAGAGAACAGGAAGAGCUCCAGCGCAAGCUGCUGCUCACAAUCGCAGACAACUUGGCCAAGGACCGCAACCGGCGCGAAGCCAAGUAUCUACGUCUGCGCAGCGAGAUUGACGAAGGCAAGGCCCUCGCGUCCGAGCUCGAAGAGCGCCUCGUGCUCAAGGAAGAGUCGGAGAAGCGGCAGAAGCUGCGUCUCUACGACGAGUGGACGGAGAAAGUGUAUAACAAACUCAACGUCCCCAUCAACGACAAAGUCCGCGCCAUGGACCCCAAGGCGCUCAACCAGCACAAGCAAGAGGCGUACCAGCGCUUCUUGGACGCGGCCAACAAGAAAGGCUGUCUCUUCCGCGACAUUAUCAUCGAGAGCGACUACGACCCGCUGCACGACCACACGUACGUCAAGCACGUGGCCAAGAUCGACGACCCGAGCCUCCGCGUCAUCCGGAACCGCGACGAAGAGGAAGCCAUUGCGAACGAAGGUCGACACGAUGGGAGCGACGCACUGGAGGGCGCCAAGCACAAGACACAGAGCUUAGGUCGCGCCGACAACCUCGACACAAAACUCUAUGCGAGCGGGACGUUUGAGAGCACGCCGUACGGCUACUUCAACAAGAUGAUGAGCAGCACGCUCAGCGACGAAGGCUCCAAGACGUACGAGUCGCGCGUCAAGCUCGACCACUACCACAUCGACAAGACAACGGAGACGCUCAACGGCGAAUUCCCCCGCGGCAAGCGCACUACCUUUGACCACGUCGAUCGAAACGACAAGGUGCACUUGGGCUAAGACCAUAUCGACGGCGCAUCUGCAUGCAUAUGAAGACAAUAAUGUCGUCCGCACCAUAUAUAUAUACUGCUUUGACAACGCUGCUAAAUCCAAAAAGGCCCUCCAAGCCUAUCCAAAAG